AUGCCCCCCACUCGUCGCCGCGGAGGCAAUACUGCCGCCACUCGUUCUAAUCAGGCGACCCUCUCGUUCGGCUCUAAGUCCAGAGUCACCAAGCCAUCAGCAGCGCCAUCCACACGCUCUCAGAAAGCCAAGGAUCUCGACUUGAUUGACGCUUCUCGAUCAAAUACUCCGUCAGUAGACGAUGUAUCCGAAGCAGAACAGGUUUCUGUUACUUCCACCGAGCCUUCGCAGCCCCAUGUGGCAGAGCUUGCCGUGAGGCAGCAGGCUCGGGCGGAGAUUGAGCAACCACGGUCAGAAGAGGAUGAUAAGGCGGAGAAGAUCACCGAAAGGCAACUGCAACAGUACUGGAAGAAGGAAGAGGCAAAGAGACAAGGGCCUAGAGUUCACCAGGAGGGCCUCGAUCUACGAGAGAAGAUACUGCGCAACUUCGACCUUUCAAGUCAAUACGGGCCUUGCAUUGGAAUUGCUCGACUCAAGCGAUGGAGACGUGCGCAUACGCUAGGCCUCAAUCCUCCCCUCGAGGUGUUGGCAGUGUUGUUGAAACCAGAAGAGGAUACUAAACAGAGGGCGUACAUUGACGAACUGAUGUCUUGA